AUGAUCAUUGUGUUCAUCGGCCCUUCCCCGGACUUGAAAGUGAAGUCUGGCGGCUUCCGCAUGCCCAAGCUGUCCCCUCGAGGCACGAGCCCGAAGGAGUUCAAGCGCAACACCAGCAUCCUGAAGCUGCUGCGCAAGCCCAAGCCGCACUGGAAGAACAUGCUGAAGGGCAAGAAGUCUCAAGGCACGGACGAUGGCAAGCUCAGCACCAUGGACGAGGGGGAAGAGACCGAGGGGAGCCAGCCCUCGCAAUCUGCUGUGGUGGAUGAAGGCUCUCAGAUUCAGAGCCACCACUCCAUGGCGCCCGGCAUCCUCGGCCAAAGCCGGGACCUGCACGUACAUGUGCUCUGCGCACGCGGCUUGCGCGCGGCCGACAGCAAUGGGCUGUCGGAUCCGUAUACGGUGGUUCGGCUGGGGUCGCGCAGCGAACAGACGCAUGUGCUGCUGGAAACGCUCGACCCGGACUGGAACGAGGCCUUUGUAUUUGGCGCUGAGGAAGUCGACGCUGCUAUUGUGGAUAACCUGCCGAGCCUGCUUUUUGAAGUCUGGGACAGCGAUAUUGGUGUGGUCGCUGAUGACUUCCUUGGGCAGGUGGCAAUCCAGUGCAGGGACAGCGUUACCCGCGGCACGGCUGAGGAGCAGCCGCUGAGUGCCAUCAGCGCGCUGUGCCCGGCGCCCGGGCAGGUCGAGAAGAAGCUCCCAGCAGUGAUCCACGAUGAGCGCGGCAACACGGUCUACGAGGAGCCCUGCGUGGCCUGGCUCCACCUGCGAAUCGCGUCCAUUUCGCAAAGCAGCCUUGACAGCGAUGAAGCGCCCCUGAUCACCAAGCUGUUCACCGGUGCCAACACCUCUUCGCGCUGGCGCUCCCUGACCGGCCUGGGCCGGCGCCCCCUCAGCAGGCAGCAGAGCUCAUCUUCUACCACAUCAGUGGCCUCUGUCAGAGAGACCCUGGAGCCGUCGCCGCGCUUCAAGGAGAGGCGCAAUCUGCACAGGGUGAUAAGUGAGAGCGAUGAGGGCGGCGGCGGACACAGCGGGGAAGUUGGCCUGAAGAGUGUGCACCGGAAGAUCAAACGGCUCUUUGGCAAGGUGGAUGACGAGGGGGAGUUGAUGCAGACCACAGAUGACUUUGACCUCGAUGAUGACGAGAGUGAGAGCGACGAAAACGAGGAGCAAGAGAUUGAGGAUGAGCAGCAACUCUACUGGGAGGUAUCAGUGGGCAACCAGACGAAGCGGUCGCGGCUGGCGCCGCUGCAGGGAGCGCGCGCGCAGUGGGGCCAGGACUUUGCCUUUGCAGUGGUGCUACCGCUGCGCACGCGGCCGCUGCGGCUGGAGCUGCACCAGAGCACCGGCAACCGCCGCAAGGGCAUUCAGUGCAGAUGA